GUCUCGUCUUGGCCUGUGUUUGUUUAGGUUAGAUCACCAAAUGAAAACUGUGAGUCAUUUUAUUAAGAUUUCUGGUUGGAGGGCUUUCAAUGCUGGGUCAUAUCUGAUAAAUAAAACAUUGAAGACAAACCUUUUCAAAGCCUGGCUGCUGUCUGCCUAAUUUCAUGCUGAAAUGUUUAUUCAUUAGGUAAAUUAAACAUGCAUGCUUUGAGAAAAAUCCGAAAGAAACUAAAUCACAGAGGCUGUACUUGAGGAGGUUACGCUUGAGUAGGGAGACACCUAGUGGUGGAUGAUAUUUGUAAUGUGUUUGUAUUUAUAAAGUGAUGAAUGAGGGGCCUUUUGGUUUAUUGGCUUAAAAAGUUAAAAAAAUACAUUCUGUUUGCAUAUGGCGUGUUUAAACUUUAAUAUAAAAUAUCAAAUAGAAAUUUUGGCAAUUUCCUGCCACCUUAGGCUCAUAGUUUUCCCUCAUCCUUAAACACUGUGCUAAUAAUACAAUGAACAGGCUCAUUUAACUGGAUUAAUGACAAACGUUUCUUGUUGUUUCAUAAAUAUAACCUCUGAUUACUUCAUCAACAGGACACCGCUCCCCCAGCCAGCGUUUUCACCCAACCCCAAAAGUCAGCAGGCCUCACAAAAGGCCCAUUCACUAGACACAGCAACCCAGACCAACGCUGCCACGUCGAAAAGUUUGCGCAAUAAAAAAACACUUUUUACUCCAAGAGGACUCAUGGUACAGGUAGGAAGAUUAUUCAGGAGAAACAACAAUUCAGAGAGCAGCUAGUUUGCACCAUUGCGAGAUAUUUGAACGUCUUAUCUCUCCUAAUAGUUUCCGCGUUAGGCGUGUCUGAAGGCUGGUAUAAACAAAAGUGCUGAUUUAUUUGCUUUUUUUCCUGUUAAGGAGCAGCAAACGAAUAGAGGAACCAGAUUCUGCAGGAGGGGUUUGAGCUGAGAGGGGAAACUGCAGGGUGGCGGAGGUCGAUGGGAGCUGGAGCUCAGAGGAAAGCAGCGAGAAGCUCCACAGUCUCAGCCCACAGAGCAGACAGGCGGAGGAAAUGCUGUGACUCUCUACUGAAAAGGAUUUCAUUCUCCGCGGCUGUGGCGACCGCCGGGUUUCUCUUCGUCCUCGGAGUUUGUUUCCUUCAUCUCCCGGACCCACUUGACUCCGCGGAAACGCGCGCGGUGACGCUCCUGAUUUGGACGCAUCCGUUCGGUCGGUAUCGCAGACUUCCGGACUGCCUCGCGCUCCACCAGAUUGAAAAGUGCACGCUCACCGAUGACUGGAGCGCGUACCUGGAGGCGGAUGCUGUGAUCAUCCACCACAGAGAGGUCGCUUCGGGGACUGUUUUUCUACCACCAGAACCACGGCCCGGUGCGCAAAAGUGGAUUUGGAUGAACUACGAGUCUCCCGCGCACACACCUGGACUGGGGAGGUUUGACGGUGUGUUCAACCUCACGCUCUCCUACCGAACCGACUCGGACAUUUUCCUGCCCUACGGGUAUUUGGUUCCGAUUAGACACACAACUCGCCGGAACCGCUUUGCUCAACCACUCCACGCCCCCUCACGCUCACAACUACUCCGGCCCCGCCUCCUGGCGUGGGUCAUCAGCAAUUGGUCGGAGUCUCAUGCGCGCGUGGCUUUUUACCACCAGCUCCGUCAGUACGUUAAAGUGGAUGUGUUCGGGCGCGCGGGCCACCCGAUACCAGAGGACAACGGCAGCGGCAGCGUGGUGCGCAUGCUCGGACAGUAUCAGUUCUACCUGGCGCUGGAGAACUCUCAGCACACAGACUACAUCACAGAAAAGCUGUGGAACGCGGUCCGGGCCGGGUCCAUCCCGGUGGUCCUGGGUCCGUCCAGGCAGAACUAUGAGCGCUUUAUGCCUCCUGAAGCCUUCAUCCACGUGGACGACUUCCCCACUGUGCGCGCGCUGGCCCGGUACCUGCUAAGGCUGAGGCGAGAUCCGGUCAGGCUGAGGAGGCACCUGGACUGGAGGGGGGGCUACAGCCUACACCAGCCUGCCUUCUGGACUGAACACUACUGCACGGCCUGCAGGGCGGUUCGGAGGAACCAAGGCAGAACUGAGGUGGUCCGAGACCUGAAACAAUGGUUCCACUCGUGAGAAAGAGCUGGAUCACCUCCAGAGCCUGACUGACACUGUUUUGAUUAAAAUUAAAUGAACAGAUAAAAGCCUGUAUUUUUAUAUAACUGAUAUGAAUAGAAUCACAUAAAAAACUUUUGUAUUUGAAAAUAGGGGAGAGUGGGGUAAGUUGAGUCAAAGGGUAAGUUGAGCCACCCCCAAAUUGAUCAUGUGACCAAAUAUUUGGGAGAUGGGCAUCAAUUCAUGGAGUCUGUGAAGGUUAGAAGCACAUGGGUGAGGGGGUUAGACAUUUAUUUUUAAAAAAAAGUUUUAAUGUAGAAGCCCUAAGCUCAGUCACCUUGCUGACUUUAUGAAGCGACUCUGACAAGUCUUAUAAAUAAAUAGAUAAAUUAAAAGUAAUUGAAAUGUAGUCAGGAGAACAAACAGUCUAGUGAUUAAAGCAAAUUAAAUAUAUCCAAAAUGAUCAAACUUGAAGUCUUAAACGAUCAAACACAUUUGCAUUAACCAUAGACAUAUACAUUUCUUCACACAAAGACAGUGGACACCUUUCAAACUUAAGAGCUGUAUUUCUUGUUUAUGUUUUGUACUUCAUACCAAGAAUGUGAUCACAUAAAAUUUCAAAAAACUGUCCAACAAUACCAGAAUUAACUCUUCACAAGCUGCACUUUGUAUUUUCUAUAGAAUGCACUUAGUUUUAUGAACAAAUACAAUUGAUAACAGCAAGUGUAUUUUGUCAUUACACCUUGUUUUUAUAAGCAUGAUCAUUUUUGUCUCUCUUUAUUGUUCAGCAUGUUAAGGUGCAACCACCAAUUCCAGCAUAACAACAACAAAAUCAGCCUUGCGCACUCCCUCAAGAAGUAACCCCUUUCCAGCUAAAGUGUCACUUGUGGGCAAAUAAAAGUGGUUAAAUUUCACCUAGCUCAUGCAAUUGUUACAUGAUUACUCUAUAUACUGAGACCAUAUAUAAAACAGGUAAUCAAGAAACCUGGGCAGGUAAAAGCUGUUAUGUAAAGCUGCCAUGUGUGUAUCCAGCUUAUCAGCAUUUUCACUGUCCUUCAGCAUUAAGACAACCAGCCGUGUGAAAAGAGAGCUGGAAGAAAGAGGCCAACACGAGCGCCUGUGAUUAAAAACCCCCCAAAACAUCCACAGUCACUUGAUACGGGAAUCAGAAGCUAUGAUGUGGAUCAUUUAAAUUUACACCUCUGUGUUAGUGCUGUGACACAGAAUUAACACUUUGCACACUCAAAUGAGACAUUUCCUGCAGGCACCCAGGCAGAAAAUAAAAAGCUGCUCCUCAUAAUGAGCUGAUGCUUGAACAGCUGUUGAAGCUGCAGACGUCUAUCAGGACUAAUGCUUCUAGACGUCCAGAACAGCCAGACCCAUCAUCUCUGUCAUAAUCCCACUCAUGCACCUGAGGGAGUUAUUAGCAUGUCUAAAGUGAGUAAACUCACAUCAAUUCUUUGUAUUUUAGAAAUAAGUUCUGCCACAUGUCCUGUAACCGUUUGUGUUUCUUAAUUCAAAAACCCCAUGACCCCCACAGAAAGGCCUUGAUUUUCCGGACAGGAGAGCAGCUGGACACUUGAAGCAGCUGUGAUAAUCAUCCUCAAGUGGGUAUAUGAUCCUGGUACAGGUGCCUACAUAGUCCACAAAGAAAGAGGCCUCAGCUUUGUAGUUUUUUUUUUUGCUUUUGGGAGCCGCACUCCCUCAUCUGGUGACCUUCCUAACGCUCCUUUACUGACAUUUUUUCACAGUGACACUCAGAAUAUGUCAGCUGUUUUCUUUGGAUAUCACACUUUUUCCUUUUUAAUUAUUUUCAGUGUCAUUUUAAUGCUGUUAUCCCCUCAUUAUGCAUGUUUUGGUUCGAGCACUGGUUCAACUUUUUUAUGAGAUGAAAAUAUUUGGAGAAAAGGUCAAAGGUCAGUGAGUGGGUUUUUAUUGAAUCUGCACAUGGUAUUGUUUUAGAGCUUUAUUCUAUUAAUUUUGGAGUUAGAAAAUAGAAGGAUUUGUGUCAGAAAAAUUGUUUUUUUUAUCAUCCUUUCACAGCUUUUCUUCAGUAUAUGCUGAAAAUCAAGUUGUGCGUGCUUCCCAGUCCGGAUUUUCUUUUCAUUUUCUUACAUAUAACACCCACAGUAGCCAGGCUUUGACUUGAAAGUCUUAUCUAAAAUUAAUAUUUGUUUCUUCUUGAUGGUACAUUAUUGUUUUAAGUUAACUUAAUCAUUAAUUCAUGCUCAGUUUGAGAUGAGGAUUUAAGUUUGAAGUUGCUUUUCUUGUCUCCCUGAGGAAAAGCAAAUGUUUGGCAUUGAAUGAGUCACUGCAUAAAACAUGCCAAAGAGGACGCACUCAACUAUAAUGCAGUGUAGUCUUCAGUACAUUAUCUGUAGUCUUGCUUAAAAGGGAUAGUUGGUUUUUUUUGAAGUGGGGUUGUAUGAGGUAGUUGUCAAUAAUAAGUGAACCAGUCAAAGAAGAUCCUGCUCUGCCCCACCUCUUUUCCAAGACACUGUCCUGAACAAAAGCUAUACCAUUGAUUGUUACAGCUGGAGCAACAUUUACCACAUAAUUUAACAAAUGCAAAGAAACUCUGACCCAAACAUUAAUGUAGGAGGACGUGUGUGCUCUAUCUUGAAAAUGGUCAUUGCUUCGUGAUGAAAAAGCCUGUUUGUUUUUGCGUUAUUCCCAAAUGUGUCACAGGCUAUUCAUCUGCCUGCAUCAGAAAGAAAACUCAGUAAUGACCCGUACUUGAAACUAAAUCAGGGAACACCCAGUCUGCUGAGAUGAACAGAUACUACUUUCAGUUCUUGCUGUGUUCAGGAAAUGACCCCAAAGUGACUCAUGAUGCCUUCAAGGCCCCUAACCUAAAAGAAACAGUUGUCUUUGUAGGGCUGGUGUGUGCUGGUUUGUUCUGCACUGACUUCUCAUGAAUGUCUCUGUAUAGCUCUCGAUGCUCCUCCCAGGAAUUCCCCCCCAGGUAACUGAUAACUAUGCAUUUGUUUGUACGGCAAAAACAUGUAAAUCAUUAAAAAAAUGUUCCAUAUAAUGCAUACCCUGUUUGGUGAAAUACAUUCAAAAUCAAAGCAAUGGAAACUGUAAUUCCUCCUUCCUGUUUCUCUCCUGCAGGAUGAAAUAUCACCCGGUGUCACAGGCUGACAAGUUUACAGAGGAUGAGGUGAGUUGUUGCUUGGCAACAAGGUGAAAUAUCAGAGGUAUCAACAUGAGAUAUGUGAUUUAAAGGAGCGGGCGGUGGAGGUGCCGAUGAACAAGUUGAAGGUGAGCGCACAUGAAUUCUCAGAAUCUGAAGCAAUUUGAUGUGAUUUAAACCCUUUAACUACCAGCUCCGGCUUAUUACAAAGAUCAUUCUCAGCUCUUUUUCUACCAGAUCCCUCCCUCCUGCAGUAACAGUGCCAUUCAUAACCUACAUGGCCCCUGGCUAGAGACACAGUAAUCUCAUUUGUGCAGCAACAGAUGUUUCUCUUAAAAACAUCCGCUGACUGGGGAGUGAAAAGUCUGCCUCUCAUUCUCUCAGGGGAUCAAAGACACCAGUCUAAUCGCUAUGAAAUCUGUCACAUUUGUACUGCUUUGAGGAGACAUAUUGACUUACAGUAGGCUUACCAUGUUGUGAAAUGUAAACCCAGGCUGCAUUUUGCUAGUUUCAUGCUCUUCACAUCAAAAGGUUGCACCAAGGAAGAGAGGAAAAAUGCAUAUGAAACAACAAAACCCCAAGACAAAUAAACAGCACGGCGUUCCCAUGGCAGCACGGUGUAGUAAUCUGACGGCUGGUUUCCCAUGGCUGUGUCUCGCUGCCCCAUAGACCUCCACUCUGUCUCACUGAUGGCUCCUGUGAUUGCAAUCAUCCAUCUUACUGUCAAAGGCAAAAAAGGCCAAGGAAGAAAGGGGGAAAUCACACACACCAUCUCCUUCUCUCUCACUCCCUUGUGUCCUACAAACACGCCACCCCACUGUGAGCAGGGACAACACAUGGAGUACAAUCCUUCUGUUUUGUGCAUGUGUUUGUAUACAUGUGUGUCCAUGCUUAUAUGAUCUACAGGGGAGAACAUGUGUGGGUGUUGGUUGUCUGUGCCUGCUCCAUUAUACUGCACGAUCAGUCAGUGGAGUGUGCAUGAAAGGGGGGGAGAGUGGCGGACAUGUCUGAUCUUGCAGCUGAUCAAAAAGCACCAGAGACUUGUUCCCUUGUGGCCGUGCAAGCAAGGGGCCUCAUAUCAACAUGUCUCUGUUCAGUAGACAGGAAAAACAAGAGAACAGGCAAGGAGGAGGAGGAGGAGUGGGGGUGUGUACAUCAGGAGAAAGACAGACACUGGCACAGAUGAAAGGGUGCAUUAAAAGGCCAGAGUGGUAUAGAUGACAAUGAUACAUCAGCGCACUUAUCUCCCCGUUCUGAUGAGCUGAUUGAACUGUAAAAGGCAGAUCUGCAUUUAUCUGUAGAUUAAAAAGCACUUGUGAUCUUUCUCUGCAAACAUGGCAGCGCUCUUUAUCCCGGGAAAGAAAACGCAAUCGAACCUUUACCUGUUGGCAUAUAGAUGCAUCAGAUGUUUGCGUGCCCAACAGAGGACAAAGGGCAGGAGUGAAGCGAGGAGACAAAACAGAAUGAUAAAAGCGGCAGGAUGAGAAAAACAGUCUCGACAUGCUGUGAAGUUGCGUUGUACGGCAUGUGUUAAUGUAAUUAUGUGUAAUAAAGUAGUGACUCAACAAAAUGAACCCCUUUGUUGUUGUGACUUUCAUCUGACUUCAAUUAUAGGCACAGAUAUAGGCUAUCUCUGCUUGGCAUAAUGUCAUUUUAAUUAGACUACAAAGCAGAACACCUGAACAUGUUUGGUAUGAAAGAAAGUGAAUCAUGCAGCAGACACAACAAAAGAGCUGUAUUUAAAGCAACCCUUACUAAUGAUAUAUGAGUUAUGCUUGAUGGUGGAUUCUUACAAUCUUGAAAAUUAAUUUAGAUUGAAGUUUUUGAGAAUAAAUGUGCCAUCGAAACAGCUAAAAGGCCGGACAUCCCCAAAAACUUCUUAUGUUCGAGGUCAUAUCAGGGUGCAUUUCCAUGUGACGUUCAUUUUGCCUCCCGCCUGGUGUGGUCCUAUUUUUUGGGGGAACUCCUCCUCCUCUCAGAGUGUGACACUAUGAGUUUUCCCAUGGACUGUAUAUACUAUGGACAACUUGGUUCCGCCUUCCGCCGGUAAACGGAUUUGAAGCCAAAAAGCUCUCAAUAUUUCCAGGUUUUUUCUCCGCUUCCUGAAACCAACAUUAAGCAGUAGCGUUGUACGCAUUCGGCAGGAGAGUCGCUUAGAGUUGCUGUGAACAGAGUAUCCCCCAGGUGAGCUACGCAAUCUGCGUACGCACAUAGGCUGUAUCAAGUGUCAAACAUGAACCUCCUAAUAACUUUAAAAAAUGGAGCUGCACAGAAAAAAGAGGACUUGAGCACAAACCAGUCUUACAAUAACUAAAUGUCAACAUCGCAAGGGAGAAAAAUCUAUGUUCUGUGUAAUACAUUUCUGAGGUUUGUCCACAGCUCCAUAGGGAUUGCUGGAGGAGGCAGGAUUUAUGACCUAUACUGCAGCCUGUCACCAGAGGGUGCUGUUCUCACGGUAGCUUCACCUAGCAGGGAGGCAGACGGCGUCCUUUCUACAUAAGUCUAUGGUUUUUCCUUACAAACUUAGGACUUUAUUCUCUCAAUAUUAAAUUUCAACUACAAUUUUUUCCACAUAAAGAUACAAUUUGAUACAAAAUGAUACAACUUUAUUCUUGUACGUAUACAGCCAUCUCAAACUACUAUGACUUUAUUAUCUUACACCUACAAUUUAUGACUUAACUGUAGAAACCUAUCUAUUUAUGUUCUUUAUGUAUGAUUAUGAGUAAUUCUAUUUCCUCCUGCCAUCACCUGACAGUGAAGCCAAAGAGAAACAGUAAAUGCGACACAAGAGAGGUGCCGUGCCGCGAGGACUCUACAGUGACUUGGCAAAAUCUACCCUAAACCCUGAGGCAAUCUUA